CGUUUAUUCCGCUCCGAGUUCGAAUAUCAAAUCAGAGAUGAAAAUGCAAAUUCUAAUCACACGACUUUACUCAGUCUCGCGAUUAGUCUGCAGCUCAAUACAGAACAGUCAUUUACCAAAAAAAAAAAUCCACAGAAGCUGCUGCUCCAUUUUCUUCUUCCUCAAUGAAAUGAGCAUGAACAGACAAUGCAGUGCACCAUAUAAAUUGUGAACAAACAUGUGAUUUUAAUGAAGAAAUCUGGGGUUUAGCUAUGGAAAUUCAAACCUUAAAUUGUGGCCUAAACCAUUUUCAUGAUUAGAUUCUUUUUUUGUUGUUGUUGUUCUCAGAUUCUCAGGAAACUGACAUUUUUGGUAUUCUUUGGUUAUUGACACCAUUUUGGGCAUAUCUGCAUAUUUUCCUUCCUUUUCCCUGUCAUCAUCAAUGGCUGCUUUUCUGGGCUUGACGUCUUCAUAACUCAGUCGCUGUUACCACCGCUUGUUUCAACUCCUCAACGACCGAAAGGCUGCAACUUUCGGUAUGGGUUUCGCCGCCAAAUCGAUGGUCAACACUUUGACCUAAUCAUCCCAUGUGUUGUUCAGAAGCCGACUCUGGUUUCGUCGGGUUUCGGUCGGAGAGAUGAGCGAGAAAGCGAAAGCGAUAUUGAGGUUGCUUCAAGGAUGCAACGGCAUGAAUCGACUGCGUAAGAUUCAUACCCAUGUCUUCAUCAACGGUUUACAGAACGAUCCUUCGCUCUUGGACAAGCUUCUCAACUUCUGCGCCGUCUCUGUGAGUGGUUCCUUGUCGUAUGCUCUGCUUCUCUUCAAUGGCAUCCAAAACCCAUCGACGCAGGCUUGGAAUUCCAUCAUCCGCGGCUUCGCUCUGUCUUCUUCUCCUCUCUCGUCUCUUCUCUUCUACAAUCGCAUGCUCGUUUCCUCCAUUUCCCAACCUGACAUCUUCACUUUCACCUUCGCUCUCAAAGCAUGCGAGAUUCUUCACGCUGUUCCCAAGUCUCUGGAGCUUCACGCUUCGAUUAUCCGACAUGGGUUUGCCUCCGAUGCUGUUGUCUGCACCAAUCUUAUCCGAUGUUACGCUGCGAACGGACGUAUCGAAGCUGCAUCGAUGGUGUUCGACGAAAUGCCUCUCAAAGACUUGGUUUCCUGGAAUGCAAUGAUAUCGUGCUUUUCUCGAGCUGGUUUACACAAUCAGGCAUUGAGUAUGUACAUUCGCAUGGCGAAUGAAGGCAUACCUGUCGAUACUUACACGCUCGUGGCUUUGCUGUCAUCUUGUUCUCACGUUGGUGCCUUGAACAUGGGAAUCGAGAUGCACAGAAUCGCUAUUGAUACAAACUGCGAGAGCAGCAUCUACGUGAGGAAUGCACUGAUCGAUAUGUACGCCAAAUGCGGUAGCCUCAAAGAUGCAGUCAGUAUCUUCGACGGAAUGCAGAAGAGAGAUGUGUUAACCUGGAACUCGAUUAUCGCUGGACAUGGAGUUCACGGACAUGGCGGAAAGGCCAUCGAAUUCUUCAGAAAGAUGGUGAGUAGUGGGAUGAAACCCAAUGGCAUAACGUUCCUCGGAUUGUUGUCUGGUUGCAGUCAUCAAGGCUUAGUGAGGGAGGGGCUUGAACAUUUCGAGAUGAUGACUUCCCAGUUCAAUCUGAAACCUGGGAUUAAACACUAUGGAUGCAUGGUUGAUCUCUACGGAAGAUCGGGUCAGCUAGACAAGGCCCUCGAGAUGAUACUCACCUCUUCUGCACCAGAAGAUCCCGUCUUGUGGAGAACCCUUCUCAGUUCUUGCAAGAUCCAUAAGAAUGCGGAGAUGGGACAAGUAGCCAUGGAGAAGCUGGUUCAGCUCGGGGCAUUCAACGCAGGGGAUUGUGUCCUAAUGGCUUCGAUAUAUUCUGCAACCAACGACGGAAAAGGUGUUGCCAGAAUGAGGAAGCUAAUCCGAAGGCAGGGCAUAGAAACAACGCCUGGUUGGAGUUGGAUUGAGAUCGAUAACGAAAUCCACAGGUUCGUCGUCGAUGACAAAACCCAUCCAGGGUCUGCAGAGAUUUACUCAGGAUUGCGGGAAGUGAUCAGUAGAGCAAAACUGGCAGGUUAUGAACCGGAGGGCUCGAGCAAUGGAGUUACUACCGAUUCAUAUGAUCAGAGUUCAGGAUCAGAGGAUAGCUUUCACAGCGAGAAGUUGGCCAUUGCUUACGGGUUGAUGAGAACUCCUGAAGGGAAAAGGUUACAGAUCGUGAAAAACCUGAGAGUUUGCAGGGACUGUCAUUCGUUCACAAAGUAUGUUUCGAAAGCAUUCAACCGGGAAAUUGUUGUAAGGGACAGAGUUCGGUUCCAUCACUUCGCUGGUGGUCUUUGCUCAUGCAGAGACUACUGGUGAGAAUCCCAUCAGAGAUCCUUAUCAAAACCGGAUCAAUCUUCGAUUUCUUCAAGUUACGCUGACAAAGAACAGAAGCAACGGUCAGUACAAUCUGCAGACAAAGAU